AUGUCAAAAAGGCGUACAAAAAGCUGGGUAGGUACAGCACUUAAAUAUCAUCCCGAUAAAAACAGUGGUGAUGCCGAUAAGUUCAAAGUUCUGCUAGAAGCUCAGGAGACUCUCACUGAUCCAGUGAAGAGAGCAGGUUACAAUGCCAAGUUAGACGAGACGAAGAGGCCCAAUCCGACCUCGUACUCCCCAGGAUCCAAUUCAAGAUAUACCAGCAAUGGAAAUAAUCACGGCAAUGGGUCGAAUGCCAACCAAUUCCCGGGGUAUUCCACUUAUGCCGACCCUUAUUCGUUCUCGUUUGGAAGUGCUAGUUCCAGAGGAAGGAAUUUCAAUUCGAGGCAACAGCGACCAAACUUCUUUUCUUCUUUUUACAACAGAUCAAAUACGAAUCCAUAUUCGAGCUACUACUACAAUCAAGACUCGUUUCCAGAAAAUAACUUUUAUAGCGCCAACUACGAGUUCUUUACCCACCCGGGGUCUAGCUAUGGAUCCACUAAUUAUACAGGCUCAGCAUUCAAUUAUCAACAGCAACAGCAUGAACAGCCCUUUUAUCCAUACCAGCGACAACCGAAUCAGCACAGAGAGCAAACCCAACAAAAACAGAAACAAAAACAAUCAUCGACGUCUAAAAGUCAACCUCAACAGCAUCAGGCAAGGACCAGUAAUGAACGGGAUCGAUCCUCAACAUCUGAGAAUGGCAAUGCCAAGUCUCAAAAUCACGACAAUCCUACUUACUAUAGCCAGACCUGGGGUAGACAAGAGGUGAAGGAAAAGACCCGAACGUUCAAACGUACUGAUGGUGGGGCUGGCUCUUCUUCUUAUUCAUAUGUAGCUGGUGACGACAACAAUUCAAGCAACGACACUGAAGAUGCGAGCAAAAAAGCCAGUAAAGGUGAAAAGGUUUCAAAAGAUGAUGAUUCCAGCAAGACGAAUACAGACCAUCUAGACCGUUCAGAGCCGAUUAACUUCAAAGUACCCAAACAAAGCACAAACGCGAAAUCCACUGAGAAGAAACCUAAGAGAGAACAUAAUAAUCUGUUUGUUGAUUCUGAAGAAGAAAGUGAUUAUGACGGUGAUGAUAAUGAAGUAUAUGGAGAUGCUGCAGAGACGUUUGAGAAUGAAUUUGAACAGGAGUUCAACAACAUAUACCCCGAAGGAACUGGAUCCAGCGGGUCUAAUUUCUCCAAGAGAACUAAAUUUAAUGGAUCAAUGUUUACAGGAAGACAUUUUGCUCGCCAUACUCGCCAUUCGGAUCUACCACACAUGACCAGCACUCGCUUCGAUGAAGUUCCUAAAGGUGUACCUAUUAUUGAUCUUACGGAAGACGAUAUAAUAGAUCUGAGUGGCAACGACGAGUCCGGCAGUGAAACUGCAAAUGAGGAUGCCAACAGAGGACAGGAGAAAGAAAGCGGCGAUGCGACAAGCUACAGCAAAGGCACGGAAGACGUAGGAGACCCGGUGGGAUAUAUGGAAGAUGAUGCCGAUGAUGAAACAAGUAACUUGGGCGAUUCAGAGGUGCGGGCUCAAGAGUCUGUUUCGCAUGCCAGCAAGAAGAGAAACCCAGCUGAUGUUUCGUUUGAUGGUGCAGCCCCACAAUCUCCUUUGAAGAGAGCCCGUACAGUUCAUAUAGAAGAAGUACCAGAAGAAGACGGUAGUGGACGAUAUGACUCGUUGAAACGAGAUUUCAUAAACGUUACGCCCUUCACUCAGACUAAUGGUAAUUUCGAUUUGGGUGACUUGUCGCGAAAUAUUCCUGACAGCGACGGAAAUAGACCCAAUGUCUCUGCCAAACGAAAUGAAUCUGAUAACUUAACAACCUCCCGCAUGGACGAUUCCGAUCGAGUGAGUUCAUUUAUUCGACCCAAUGGCAAUUUCUUUACAAAACUGGAAACUGCAUUUACACCCGUAAACACAACAAUCCCCAAGGUAUUCACAGCAUCAGCAAAUUCUUCAGGACUACCCAAUAAUACGUUCGGCUCAGAGGCAAAUAAUCAAGGCCAGGCUUCGAGCAAUAUGCAGAACGGCGGGGUUGGCGGGGCCCAGCAAUUGAUGACGUCUAGUCCGAAUGACCUCCUUCAUCUUCAACCACCCAAGCCUCCUCAAGUUCCCAGCGAGGUGCCUACUUUGAUAGAACUUCAAGAAUAUGGCAUUCACAUGGAGAAAUACUUUGCUUCUUGGUUCGAAUAUUCUGGAAAAUUUACCGAUUAUCAGAAUAGUCGUCGCAGGGCCGACGAAAGCAAUGGUAUUUCGUUACUUCAGACAUCGGAGUCAGUUGAAAAGUACUUACAAGCGCUUCGUCAAGACCAAGCAGUGAAAGCUAUUUGGACAAUGGCCAUUGAAUCUCACGCAGUGGCCAUUACCGACUACCUCCGUGUUCGCCAGCUUUUUGAGAUCAAUGAGCACUAUAACAAAGCAUAA